AUGGCUGGAGUGCUGAAACCGAAAGCUGCCAAUAUCCUUGUAUCUGCAUUGAGAGCCCGUCACCCGAAGGUACCGAUACACAUCCAUACCCACGACACGGCAGGAGCCGCCGUGGCCAGCAUGAUCGAAUGUGCCAAGGCAGGCGCUGAUAUUAUUGAUGUGGCAGUCGACUCGAUGUCCGGCAUGACGGCUCAGCCCAGUAUGGGCGCCUUUGUUGCUGCCCUUCAGCGCAGCGAGCUUGACACAGGAAUCGACUUAAGUGACAUUUCGGCAUACAGCGCCUUCUGGGAAUUGACAAGGAUGUUUUACGGACCGUUUGAGUGCACGCAAACGAUGAAGAGCGGAAACGCUGAUGUGUACGUGCACGAGAUCCCAGGAGGACAGUACACGAACCUACAGUUCCAGGCGUUCUCGCUUGGACUCGGCGAGAAGUUUGAACAGAUCAAGAAAAAAUACCACGAGGCAAACUUGAUUUUAGGAGACCUGAUAAAGGUUACACCUUCGUCAAAGGUGGUCGGUGAUUUGGCGCAGUUUAUGGUUCAGAAUAAACUGGACGAAAAAACGUUGCUUGAAAAAGCUGACGAAUUGUCCUUUCCAAACAGCGUUACCGAAUUUUUGAAAGGUCUGAUUGGUCAACCUCCGUACGGGUUUCCGGAGCCGCUGAGGACCAAAGUUCUGAGGGGUGCCAAGUCGAUGACUCGCAGACCUGGAGAACUGCUUCCUCCGCUGGACAUGGAUAAGUUGGAGGCAGACUUGAAGAAAAAAUUUGGCAAUGGCAUAACGAAAUAUGACGUCAUGUCAGCCGCUCUGUACCCGAAAGUGGCGAAUGAUUUUUUCGAGUUCCGGGAGACUUACGGCCCCGUCACUAAACUCCCAACAACGGCGUUCUUGGACGGAUUGAAAGACGAGGAGGAAAUCGACGUAGAAAUCGACAAGGGCAAGUUGUUGCAAAUUAAAAUGCUAGGCAAAAGCAAAGUAAUGGCAACCGGUGACAGAGAGGUGUUUUUUGAGGUUAAUGGAAUGCCUCGCAGCACGUUCGUCAGAGACAAGAAAGCUACGAAGGUAACAGGGUCAUUCGUAACCGAUAGAAAAUUUGAAACGAAGCGUACUAAUCAUAACUACGACCAUUGCGGCGGAGUUAUCGAAAUCGCCAUAAACCCUCAUCACAAACGUCAUGAAAUAACUUUCAGCCACAACUCAUCCAAGGCCAUAUUUCACAGCCCUGCCCAUUGGCUCCUGGUUGUCUAGGG